AUGGAUAGUAAGGAGGUACUAGUGCAUGUUAAGAAUCUGGAAAAGAACAAGAGUAAUGAUGCUGCAGUUCUAGAAAUCUUGCAUGCCUUGGAUAAAGAAUUCGUCCCAACUGAAAAAUUACUGAGAGAAACAAAAGUUGGUGUGGAAGUCAACAAGUUUAAAAAAUCUAAUAAUGCAGAGAUCAGCAAGCUCGUGAAAAAAAUGAUUGGCUCUUGGAAAGAUGCAAUUAAUAAAAACAAGCGUUCCAGACAAGCACAGCAACAUCAUCAAGAUCACGCGCCAGGCAAUGCGGAGGAUAAGACGACUGCAGGUGGGUCUGUGAACGGUGUAGAUCAGCCUGCCUCCUCUCAGUCAGAUGCCACGAAACAGGACAAGUAUGUCAGCACUAAACCAAGAAAUAGUAAGAAUGAUGGUGUGGAUACGGCUAUAUAUCACCAUAAAUUACGUGAUCAGGUACUAAAGGCACUAUAUGACGUUUUGGCCAAAGAAAGUGAGCAUCCUCCCCAAUCUAUUUUACACACUGCGAAAGCUAUAGAAAGUGAAAUGAAUAAAGUUAACAACUGUGACACUAGCGAAGCCGCUUAUAAAGCCAGGUACCGUAUAAUUUAUUCAAACGUCAUAUCAAAGAAUAAUCCAGACCUCAAACAUAAAAUUGCCAACGGUGAUAUAACGCCAGAAUUCUUGGCUACAUGCGAUGCCAAGGAUCUAGCCCCAGCGCCUUUGAAGCAAAAGAUAGAAGAAAUUGCCAAACAAAACUUAUACAACGCACAAGGUGCCACUAUAGAAAGGUCAGUCACCGAUAGAUUUACAUGUGGUAAAUGUAAAGAGAAGAAGGUAUCUUACUACCAAUUGCAAACAAGAUCUGCGGAUGAACCAUUGACCACUUUCUGUACAUGUGAGGCAUGCGGUAACAGAUGGAAAUUCUCUUAG